AUGAAGCUCAUUGCUAUCGCCCCUGCCUUCUUUGCGGCCCUCACCGUAGCUGAUCAAGUGUGGCCACUCGAGUUGGAUUACGAUUAUUCCAUCCCUACAUUUUCUGCCAGCAAAGAUAUCACCUUGACGUGGAAAAAGGGUUACUUCAGCUAUAACCUUGGGAAUGACUACACCCCGAAGUACUUCACCUUGUUGGUCGCGGCUUAUAACAAUACUCCAACCGGCUACUACACCGAUUGGUCUGGACACGAACAGCCAUUGUACGAGGCAGUCACAGCAGUCGAGAUAGACACCAAGGCGAAGACAAAUGCAUUCAGCUAUGUCUGGAAGCCUAAAUUCGUUAAUGGGUGGAAAGGAGACGGCUACUGGUAUCUAUUUCUCACGAAGUGGGUUGCUACCAAUGGAAUCCCAGAAUCGGCUGGCUCGAAGCUCUUCUACCUAACGGACUGA